GUCAUUAGUAAUUAUCAGCACUUUAGAUGGGCGAAUUGCUGCCUUGGAUCCUGAGAAUCAUGGCAAAAAGCAGUGGGAUUUGGAUGUGGGAUCUGGUUCCUUGGUUUCAUCCAGCCUUAGCAAACCAGAGGUAUUUGGGAAUAAGAUGAUCAUUCCUUCGCUGGAUGGAGACCUCUUCCAGUGGGACCGAGAUCGUGAGAGCAUGGAAACAGUUCCGUUCACAGUCGAAUCACUUCUUGAAUCUUCUUAUAAAUUUGGAGAUGAUGUUGUUUUGGUUGGAGGAAAAUCUCUCACUACUUAUGGACUCAGCGCUUACAGUGGAAAGGUGCGGUAUAUUUGUUCAGCUUUGGGUUGUCGCCAGUGGGAUAGUGAUGAAAUGGAGCAAGAAGAAGACAUCUUGCUUCUGCAACGCACCCAGAAAACCGUUCGAGCUGUUGGACCUCGUAGUGGCAAUGAGAAGUGGAAUUUCAGUGUUGGCCACUUUGAACUUCGGUAUAUUCCAGACUUGGAAACUAGAGCCGGAUUUAUUGAAAGCACCUUUAAACCCAGUGGGAACAAAGAAGAGUCUAAAAUUAUUUCAGAUGUGGACGAACAGGAAGCUGCCCUGAUGGACACAGUGAUAAAGGUCUCCGUUGCUGAUUGGAAGGUUAUGGCAUUUAGUAAAAAGGGAGGACAUCUGGAAUGGGAAUACCAGUUUUGUACUCCAAUUGCAUCUGCCUGGUUGAUUAAAGAUGGCAAGGUCAUUCCCAUUAGUCUUUUUGAUGAUACAAGUUAUACAUCUAAUGAUGAACUUUUAAAAGAUGAAGAAGACAUCGUAGAAGCUGCCCGAGGAGCCACAGAGAACAGUGUUUACUUGGGAAUGUAUAGAGGCCAGUUGUACUUGCAGUCAUCAGUCAGAAUUUCAGAAAAGUUUCCAACGAGUCCCAAAGCCUUGGAAUCCGUGAAUAGUGAAAAUGCAAUUAUUCCUUUGCCAACAAUCAAAUGGAAGCCCUUAAUACAUUCUCCUUCCAGAACUCCUGUCUUGGUAGGAUCUGAUGAAUUUGACAAAUGUCUUAGUAAUGAUAAGUUUUCUCAUGAAGAAUAUAGUAAUGGUGCACUUUCCAUCUUACAGUAUCCAUAUGAUAACGGUUAUUACCUACCAUACUACAAGAGGGAGAGGAACAAACGGAGCACACAGAUCACAGUCAGAUUCCUCGACAGCCCUAAUUACAACAAGAACAUCCGCAAAAAGGAUCCGGUACUCCUCUUACACUGGUGGAAAGAGAUAGUUGGGACGAUUUUAUUUUGUAUCAUAGCAACGACGUUCAUUGUGCGCAGACUUUUCCACCCUCAUCCUCACAGACAAAGGAAGGAAUCUGAAACUCAGUGUCAAACUGAAAAUAAAUAUGAUUCUGUAAGUGGUGAAUCCAAUGACAGUAGCUGGAAUGACAUAAAAAACUCUGGAUAUGUAUCACGGUAUCUAACAGAUUUUGAACCAAUUCAGUGCAUGGGUCGCGGCGGCUUUGGAGUGGUUUUUGAAGCUAGAAACAAAGUAGAUGACUGCAAUUACGCCAUCAAGAGGAUCCGUCUUCCCAAUAGGGAAUUGGCUCGGGAAAAAGUAAUGAGAGAAGUUAAAGCCUUAGCCAAGCUUGAGCAUCCGGGAAUUGUGAGAUAUUUCAAUGCCUGGCUGGAAGCACCACCAGAGAAGUGGCAAGAAAAGAUGGAUGAAAUUUGGCUGAAAGAUGAAAGCACAGACUGGCCACUCAGCUCUCCGAGCCCAAUUGAGGCACCAUCAGUUAAAAUACGCAGAGUGGAUCCUUUUUCUACAAAAGAACGUAUAGAAAUCAUAGCUCCUUCUCCACGAAGAAGCAGGUCUUUUUCGGUGGGUAUUUCCUGUGGUCAGACAAAUUCAUCCGAGAGCCAGUUCUCUCCUUUGGAAUUCUCUGGAACAGACCAUGGAGACAUCAGUAGGUCAGUGGAUGCAGCCUACAACCUCCAGGACAGUUGCCUUACAGACUGUGACAUGGAAGAUGGUACCAUGGAUGGCAAUGACGAGGGACACUCCUUUGAACUCUGUCCUUCUGAAGCUGCUUCUUAUGCAAGGUCCAGGGAGAGAACUUCCUCUUCUAUAGUGUUUGAAGAUUCUGGCUGUGAUAAUGCAUCCAGUAAAGAAGAUCCUAAAACCAACCAACUGCGUAUUGGCAACCAUUGUGUCAAUAAACUAACUGCUGUCAAGUACUCCAGUAGCAAAUCUUCUUCUGAAGCGACCUUGUCUAUUUCUCCUCCAAGACCAACCACUUUAAGUUUAGAUCUCACAAGAAACACUGCAGAAAAACUCCAGCCCAGUUCCCCAAAGGUGUAUCUUUACAUUCAGAUGCAGCUAUGCCGAAAGGAAAACCUCAAAGACUGGAUGAACAGACGGUGUACCAUUGAGGAGCGAGAAAGGAGCGUGUGUCUGCACAUCUUCCUGCAGAUCGCAGAGGCAGUGGAGUUUCUGCACAGUAAAGGACUCAUGCAUAGGGACCUCAAGCCUUCCAAUAUAUUCUUUACAAUGGACGACGUGGUCAAGGUUGGCGACUUUGGAUUAGUGACUGCCAUGGACCAAGACGAGGAAGAGCAGAUGGUUCUGACCCCAAUGCCAGCAUAUGCCAGACACACGGGACAAGUAGGGACCAAGCUGUACAUGAGCCCAGAGCAGAUUCAUGGAAACAACUACUCUCAUAAAGUGGACAUCUUUUCUUUAGGCCUGAUUCUAUUUGAAUUGCUCUACCCAUUCAGCACUCAGAUGGAGAGAGUCAGGACAUUAACUGAUGUAAGAAAUCUUAAGUUUCCACCACUGUUUUCUCAGAAAUAUCCUCGUGAGUAUGUGAUGGUUCAAGACAUGCUCUCUCCAUCCCCCAUGGAACGGCCUGAAGCUACAGACAUCAUUGACAAUGCUGUGUUUGAGGAGUUGGAGUUUCCAGGGAAAACAGUGCUCCGACAGAGGUCCCGCUCGUUGAGUUCAUCAGGAACCAAACCUUCCAGACAGUCCAGCAACACCCUCAGCCCUUUGCCAGGCAGUUAGCCUCCAGUUGUGCUGGCAGCCCUGGGAAGGGACACAGAACAGCCCACUGGCGGCUUAGGAAUGUGGCUUUCCAGAAUUGAGGACUGGAAAAUGUCCUUUGCUCAAUGACAGUUGGACUUCUUUUUCUAAGUCUGAUUGAAACUGGAUUUGGGAUCAUGACCAAAUUUGAGCCAACUCUUGGUUUUUACUGUACUUGAGGAGAGUCCCCAUUCAUGGGGGUCCUUGUCUUUGUUGGUCCCUUGAAACUGGCUGGCCAUGUUUAAUACCCCUCACCUUUUGCCCAGAGAGGAAGACGUAGUCCCUAAAAUAUAUAGAGAGAAUUAAAAUGGAAGUAUUUUUAUAGUAUGUAGGAAGGAGCAUCCUCCCACAUGGUAACUAGAUUGUUCUAGAAAUAUGCUUUCUAGAGAUAAUGACGACUUUGAAACUGAUUUCCAAAAAAGCCGACUCCAUCGUUGUCCCUGGUGGGUAAACUAGAAAUCCGUGUUAUUUUGGAGGACAAGUAGCACAAGUUAUAUGUCCAUAGUUUUAUAGUCAUAUUUGUAGCAUUAAAUAGCUUUAUUCCUUAGAUAGGUAGUUCUAGGGAGAAUUUAAGAGCUUUUCAUACUUUUACCUCCAAGAAAGGGAAAAUGAAGCUUUUUAUGUAAAUUGGUAAAAAGUCCUGGUUUGGGGAGGAAACAAACCAUAUAUUACAACUAACUUCUUCAAUUAUGGACUUUUAAACCUAAUGAAAUCUUCCAUGUCUUAUAUGAAAUCCUAUAGAUCGGUACUUCCCCCAAACUAAUUAUAGAGAAAGUUUAAUCAUCUAACUUGCUAACUUUUAUUUUUCAGUGUAAAUAUGUUUAUUUUUUAUUUAUAAAAAUUCUGAAAUCAAUCCAUUUGGGUUGGUGGUGUACAGAACGCACUUAAGUGUGUUAACUAUUGUGACUUCUUUCAAGUCUAAAUGAUUUAAUAAAACUUUUUUAAAUUAA